AUGGAUUGGAGAGCUAGAUUUCCACAUAGCUCAGUGACCCAUCUACCUCCUCAUGCCUCAGACCACCUUCCCAUCCUUUUGCAAAUUCAAGGCCGCAAGAAGUUAAGACAAAAGGGUCAUAGGGGAUUCAAGUUUGAGGAAGCUUGGUUGUUGUCUGAUGAAUGUGAGGGAGUGAUCAAAACAGCAUGGGAAAAGGGUAGUACUGAUGGUUCAGGUUUGGGCUUGGCAAAACAAAAGACUGCAGCAUGUGCAGUGGAGUUACAAGCGUGGGGUUCUUCCAAUGCUCAACCUGAUUCAAAGGAGAUUAAGAAGCUUAAAAAACGGCUUGAAGAGUUGAAUUUAGCAGAUCUUACCGAGGAUAGCAAAGCAGAAUUUCUGAUGGCUAGUAGGAGUCUUGAUGCUUUACUUCUUAAGCAAGAGAUUUAUUGGGCACAAAGAGCUAGGCUAUCUUGGCUGAAACAUGGAGAUAAGAAUACAAAAUUCUUUCAUUCCAAAGCAUCCCAAGGAAGAAGACAGAAUUAUAUUUAG